AUGGAAAAAAUGAUUUUUUGGUUCCUAAUCGUCACAGGUAAGGUAAACGGCCUAACGGCACAAGGGGGUCCAACGAACACAUCCGGGGCGUUGAGGUUGGUCAGGAGUGAUGUGCUGACACCAACGGCCGGUUCUCGAUCCGGUGUCUCGAAAGUCGUCUUCCUCAUCACCGAUGGCGAAUCGAAUAUCGAUUCUCAGUACACCAUACCAGAUGCUUAUCAACUCAAGUUACUAGGGGUCAAGAUAAUAUCGAUAGCAGUGACGAGUGAUUUGAACGCCGAAGAGCUGCAAAGUAUAGCAAGUGCAAUCCAAGACGUGUACUACACUAAUCAGUACACUUACGUCAGCAACCUAACCGACGUAUUGGCCGCCAGAUACUGUCUGAACGCUUGGGGGGGCGGGCCUGGAGCCACUGGAGCCACUGGACCUCAGGGGUCAACGGGGCAAUCCGGAAUAGGCUUGCCAGGACCUCAGGGCCCGGUGGGAUUUACCGGGAGUACAGUGAAUUUUGCAAACAGAUGGGUCUUGAGAUCCGCUCUGAACUUCGAAAGUGAUAGAGAAGUGGUCAGAGCGAGAAUACAGGGACCGCCGGGCCCGCCCGGAUCUAAUUCCGGAAGCGGAGUUAAAGGUGACACAGGUUUCCCUGGAGUCCCAGGAGCUACAGGUUCGCCGGGUAAGGAUGGCAUCCCGGGCGGAUUGGGAGCCACGGGACUGAAAGGUGAUCCGGGCAGCAAUGGAUCACCGGGAUAUCCCGGCCCAGUUGGUCCCUUCGGCCAACCAGGAUUUACGGGAUCGACCGGACCUUUGGGACCUCCGGGAGCAAAAGGAGACACCGGAUUAUUUGGCCCUAUCGGAUUUUCAGGGGCCACGGGUUAUCCCGGAUCACCAGGACCCAGCGGUCAGCCCGGUCCUGUGGGAUCAACCGGAGUCCCUGGUUUUAAUGGACCCCCAGGUGGUUUGGGAGCUACGGGUUUUUCUGGAUCUCCGGGUUCGCCAGGUGCACCUGGGCAGCCAGGUAGUCCGGGCAAUCCUGGUCUGGUGGGAGCUACGGGAUUUCCUGGACCCAAAGGCGAUCAAGGGCCAGUUGGUCCUUUAGGUGCCACAGGAUAUCCGGGUUCACCAGGACCGCAAGGGAUUCCAGGAGCUGUUGGAUCAACAGGCAUACAGGGCCUUCCUGGGCCGGUGGGGGCCACAGGACUUUUUGGACCUCCUGGUCCUCAGGGAGGUAUUGGAGCAACGGGGAUUGUGGGAAUGACUGGAUCUACUGGAAUUCCUGGUCAGCCAGGAGCCACUGGUUUCCCUGGAAGUAAUGGUAGACAGGGAGAUACGGGGUUUAGUGGACCGCCUGGCUAUCCCGGUCCCCAAGGAAGCACAGGACUUCCAGGAGCUGUGGGAUCUCCGGGAUCAGAGGGACGACCAGGCAGUACUGGUAGUCCAGGUGUCGGUCUGCCAGGACCCAGCGGACCACCUGGAGCUACAGGAGUCAUGGGCAUUACAGGAGCAACUGGGAACCCCGGACCACCGGGCAAUCAAGGGUCAGUGGGUCAGCCAGGACCGACCGGGCCCUCGGGAUCAAUAGGGGGAACCGGAGCGAGUGGAGUGCAAGGCUUUACUGGAAACACGGGGUCAUCCGGUCCUUUAGGACCUCCUGGGCCGAGCGGUCAGCCAGGAUUUCAGGGGCCUGUCGGUGCUUCAGGAUUGCCCGGAAGGCAAGGAGAUACGGGCAUAACAGGUGCAACAGGUUUUCAGGGUCUGCAGGGUUUUCCAGGAUUUACAGGUGCUACAGGCACUCCAGGUAAUCCAGGUGCAACGGGAGCAGCAGGGAAUCCAGGUAGUGCAGGGGCCACGGGAUUUCCUGGCCCUCUUGGACCAGCGGGCCCAAUAGGACCUUCUGGAUUUAAUGGAUUUACUGGAGCCACUGGCUCACCUGGACCGCCCGGACCAAUGGGAAGCACUGGAAUCAUGGGAUUUUCCGGACAACCAGGUUCACCGGGUUCUCAAGGACUGCAGGGUAGUCCUGGAGCCACCGGUAGCGUGGGGUCACCUGGCAAUCCAGGGGCCACUGGAGCAUCUGGAACACCUGGACUGAAUGGCAACCCCGGAAAUCCAGGCCCGAUAGGUCCAUCUGGAUCGACUGGAUUCACUGGUUAUCCAGGCAAUCCAGGCUCUCAGGGACUGCCCGGAUUUACGGGGUCAACAGGUCAACCGGGUCCAGCGGGAAGUUCCGGCAGUCAGGGGUUUCAAGGUCCACCCGGUGCGAUGGGAGCAUCUGGACCAGUUGGAGCAAGUGGACUUCAAGGGCCAAUGGGACCGCAAGGAAGUCCCGGUGCCACAGGAAUUAAGGGAGAUACAGGCUUACAAGGAUUUCCAGGUCAAAACGGUUCACCGGGUGCAACGGGACUGCCAGGCCCACAGGGAUCACAGGGGCCGAUGGGGUUUUCAGGAUCUAUAGGAGCUCCAGGACCCACUGGAAAUCCAGGACCAAUGGGACCAAUAGGACCCACGGGUAAUACCGGAUCAAAAGGCGACCCGGGUCAGCAGGGAGCGCAAGGAUUUCCGGGUCCAUCUGGUCAACCCGGAAGUAAGGGGGAUACUGGCAGUUCCGGACAGUCAAUUGUGGGACCACCAGGACCUACGGGACCACAGGGACUGCCUGGGCCCACUGGGAACGCAGGCGGAUUAGGCCCGGUUGGAUUCACCGGGUCAACCGGGUCACCAGGACCCACGGGUAACCCCGGUUCUCAGGGACUGCCGGGAGCAACAGGACCACCCGGACCUUCUGGGAUGAGUGGUGGGAGGGGAGAUCAAGGAAUUAUUGGCCCACAAGGUAGCACGGGAUUCACCGGGCAGAGUGGAGUUCCCGGUCCAAAGGGCGAUCCAGGGGCCCCUGGACAACCUGGCCCCAUUGGCCCACUGGGUAUUCCUGGUUGGACGGGGUCAUCGGGCUUGCCAGGACCCACUGGACAGAUAGGCCCGCCCGGAAGUAUGGGACCAAUGGGAGCGCCAGGUAAUCCUGGAACUAACGGAAACCCUGGUCCUGUUGGAGCUACGGGCUCAAUUGGUCCGACGGGACUGACUGGCUCGCCAGGUUCGCCAGGCCUACCUGGACAAAUCGGAAACCCAGGUCCAACAGGAAAUCUUGGACCAGUCGGAUUCACCGGAGCUACGGGACCACUGGGACGAAAUGGCGAUCCAGGCUCUCCGGGUGGACAGGGCUCCCCUGGAGCCGUUGGUGCGACUGGGCCGAUAGGGGCCUCUGGACAACCCGGAAUUGUCGGUCCCUCUGGUCAACCGGGACCUCAAGGUCAAAUGGGGGCGUCUGGAUCUCCGGGACCGAUCGGACCUAUUGGACCUUUUGGACCCCCUGGAAAUACCGGAUCUUCCGGACAGCCUGGGUUGCCGGGAAGUCCAGGAUCGCCAGGAACUUCGGGCAUUCCCGGACCAAUGGGAUUGCAGGGUGCUACGGGACUGCCAGGAUUUAAUGGAAAUCCUGGACAAAAUGGUGUCACUGGAGCUACUGGACCGCCAGGAAAUAGCGGACAGCAAGGCAUUCCAGGAAAUCCAGGCAACAAGGGCGAUCCUGGGAAUGUGGGACCUCCUGGUGCUACCGGAUCUAGAGGGGAUACAGGAUUUUCGGGACCAGCGGGACGCACAGGGAUAAAGGGUGAAACUGGGUUUACUGGAAAAACCGGAGCCACUGGAGUCGAGGGCCCAACAGGAAGGACGGGACCUAAAGGAGAUCCUGGAUCGAGAGGUAUGACAGGAGUGCCAGGCGGUCCAGGUAGUCCGGGGUCACCGGGUCAACUCGGAUCUAUGGGAUACACCGGAUACACGGGAAUUACUGGCCCCGUUGGUAUUCCCGGACCUCCAGGACCCACUGGGGGAUUGGGAUUUACUGGAGGCACCGGACCGGUAGGAGCGACGGGAUUAUCGGGAUCUCCGGGACCUUUUGGGUCCCCGGGGCAAAGAGGUGAUCUUGGGUUUACUGGAUUUACUGGAUUUACAGGUUAUUCCGGGUCACCCGGAUUCACCGGAGCUACGGGAUCCCCUGGAUCUCCUGGUUCCAAAGGUGACACUGGAUCACUGGGAUUGUUGGGACCACCAGGCCAGCCAGGUCCACCCGGUCAGCCAGGAACGCCGGGAUUCAAUGGCAAUCCCGGGGCCCAAGGUCUUAUGGGAGCAACAGGAAUGCCCGGACCCAGCGGAGGCCCUAUAGGACCACCAGGACUCCCGGGUCAGCCAGGACCUCCCGGACCCCCUGGCGAAAAUUCCGGCUCUUCUGUGAUUGGUGCAUUGCCGAAUGUUGACGAAUGCCUAUUGGCUGACGUUCGAUGCCAGCAGCUAUGCUAUGACGCCGCCCACAGCUAUUUUUGCUUCUGCUCAGCUGGCUUCGUCAUUGCCCCGACUAUAAAUAGCUGCCCAAACAACAUGCCUAUAACGUACUGUCGCUACUAUAGCGAGGCCAAGGGCAACAUAUGCUUCUGCAGUAACAUAACGUCAACCCUGCCUAUAAAUAGCACGCUAUGUCAAGACGACAACGAAUGCGCAUCUGACAAUGGCGGUUGCUCCCAAACUUGCACCAACACGCUAGGAAGUUUCACAUGCUCUUGCAAAAUGGGAUUCUACCUAUCUAACAAUAGGAAGACCUGCAAUGCUCCCGGUUCAAUUGCGCCAUACUCAAUUCAGCUACCUUUUAUAGGCUUUGAUGACAACAACAACAACAACAAUAACAACAACAAUGACAACAAUCAAAAAACAUGGAACGUAAUUUUCCUGGCCAGUUGUUCGGUCAAUCUACUGAUGACAAUUCUUACCGCAGUCCUGACGCACCGAUACUUUAGGAAACGGUUUAAAUCGAUUCGAGAUUCGGAUACCGAUAUCGAUACUGAAUCGGAUAAUUACAGUUGCGGUAUCGAUAAAAGUAUCGGUCUCGAUUCGGAUAAUACUAAUUGCAAUACUGACAGAGAUGGCAAUAAAUGUAAAGUGAAUAGUUUAGUUGAGGAUGAGAAAAAUAGCUUAACUUGA